AUGAGUGCCACGGAGCCAGGCAAGAUUUCACUCGGCCAGUACAUGUGGGAGCGACUUCACCAGGUUGGUGUUGAGACCAUCUUUGGAGUCCCGGGCGAUUUCAAUCUGCAGUUGCUCGACUCGAUUUACGACACCGCAGGGGUCGAGUUGAUAACGAACCAGAGCGAGCUCAACGCUGCGUACGCUGCUGACGGGUAUGCCAGGGUCAAGGGCGUGCCUGGGUGUUUCGUCACGACCCACGGGGUGGGGGAAUUGAGCGCUCUCAAUGGGGUGGCGGGCGCAAUGUCAGAGCACGUCAAGAUGAUACACAUUGUGGGCCAGACUACACGAGCCAUGCAGAGCAAGCACAUGAUGAUCCACCACUCCAUUGGACGAAAGCCAAAUCACCAAACGUACAACAAGUGCUCUGAGCCCGUCCGUUGCGCCGCAGCAGAACUGUGGGACAUCGAGACUGCACCGGCGGAAAUCGACCGCGUGAUAAGAGAAUGCUUCAUCCAGUCCGGCCCGGUCUACAUCUUCCUCCCUCUCGACCUUUCCGCGGAGCAGGUAGACGCCAGUCUCCUCUCAACGCCAGUCGACAUCUCUCCCCAAGUCGAUGCUGAGGCCCAGAACGCUGCCGUGAGCGCCAUAUCCCGCGCGCUCAGUGAAGCCAAACACCCGUCCCUCCUUGUCGACGCACUGGUCCACCGCUUUGAUGCCGUUUCCGAGACGCAGUCGCUCAUCUCAACGCUGAGCGUUCCCUUCUUCUCCGCAAACAUGGGCAAAGGCAUCGUUGACGAAACCUCACCAUACUACGUCGGCGUCUGGAACGGCGCGAUUGGGACGCCUGGCGUGCGCGAAGCCGCCGAGUCUGCAGAUCUCACAAUCUUGCUGGGCUACCUGCCAGCAGACACGAACUCGGGUGGGUUCUCGCGAAACCUAAACUCGAGCGCGUGCAUUGAGAUCAACGCGCACGACGUCGUUGUCGGGGGGGAAAGGUACCCAGACACGGCUAUCAAGCCGCUGCUCGCGGCCCUGGUGAAAGCGCUGCCCUCCACGCCCCAGCACGAAAUCCCAAAGGCCGUCCUGCCCCCUCCGAGGAUCCCGCUGGACAAAGACGCAGUCCACAUCACGCAGUCCUGGCUGUGGCCGCAGAUCGAGUCCUUCCUGCAGCCCAACGACAUUGUAGUCGGCGAGACGGGAACGAGCGUGUUCGGACUGUGCGACAUUGCGUUUCCAGCCAGCACGCAGCUCAUCGCGCAGAUCUACUACGGCAGCAUCGGAUACGCGACCGCCGCGACGCUGGGGAUCGAAGUGGCGCGCAAAGAGCUGGAGGGCAAGAGGCCGCGAGGCGGCGGCGGCGGCGGCGGCGGCGGCGGCGGCGGUGGCGGUGGCGGUGGCGGGUGCAGGAUGGGGAGAACGGUGCUGGUUACGGGCGACGGGUCCCUGGCGCUGACGAUGCAGGAGCUUGGCACCAUGAUCAAAGCAGGCAUCGCGCCUAUCGUAUUCGUGAUCAACAACGACGGAUACACGGUCGAGCGGCUGAUCUGGGGCGCCCGGCAACCGUACAACGACAUCGUCCCACACGCGUACUCGCACCUCCUCCCGCUCUACCACCACCCUUCGCCAGCCGCGUCGUUCCACCGCGCGGCUACCAAGGUCGAGCUGCAAGCCAUCCUGGCCAAGGCGUGCGUGAGGCAGCCGGAGAAUCUGCAGCUGAUUGAGCUUGUGGUGCCCAUGAUGGACACGAGCUGGCGGCUAGGAGCGCAGUUGGCGUGGCGGGGCGAGGAGCACAAGGAGCGGCUGACUCGGGAGGGAUUCGUGGAUGCAUACGGGGGGUGGGGGCUGGACGGCGUGGCUGGGGGUAGUGUGGAGUGGAGCUAG